GGUCGUCCAGCUUCUGAAAUCUGUGGCCAUUUUAAGCCUUUAAAUGAACAAAUUUCUCAAGAACGUGGUCUUUCAACAGGAUGCCAAGUUUGUAAAUGGUGCGACAAAGAUAUUGUUGAUUUAGUUGAUCACUCUUCAAGUAUGCCAACUGUUGCCUCAUCAUCACAAUCAGAUGAACACAAAAUUCUCCAACCUAAACGAACAUGUACACAACCAAUUGAUACAUUUUUGGAUCAUAUAACUCAAAAUGAUGAAUAUGAAAAGAAACGUAAUAAUUUGAAUGAAAUGCUUGAAAAUGCAAAUAACAUAACACUGAUAUCAGAUGGAUGGUCUAAUAUUCGUGGAGAAUCAGUUUUAAACUUUAUAUUAUGUUUACCGCAACCAAUUUUUUAUGAUGCUCACUAUACUGGAGCUGAAUCUCAUACUGCUGAAUUUAUAUAUGGAAAGCUCAAAUCAGUUAUUGAAGACAUUGAACCAUCCAAAUUUGCUGUAAUCAUUACUGAUAAUGCAACUGGUGCUAUUUUACAACAAGAACCUAACACAAUUGCACUAGUAAAGCCAGUUGAUACAUGUUGGGUUACUUCAACAAUCAAACGUAAUCUAAAAGACAAAAUUCUUGGUGAAGAAUUGUGGAGCGAAUUGGAAAAGCAGAAUGUCUUUUAG